AGAGAAUCAAAGUAGUCUUGGCCGCUCAACUGCCGCCUUUUUGCGAUUAAGUGCUCCCUUCAGGCAAUUGUUCUUCUUCUCCUCCUCUUUGGUCCCCUUUCUUCUUCCAUAGCCCCUAGCCACUCCUACCUUCUGUGGGAAGCUACAAGAGGCUAUCCAUUUCGUCCUCUAUGAAGUUGACAUGUUUGAGCAAAGGUAGGGGCUUUCACUUCCCACCAUGUCACAUGCUGAAUUUUUGUGGGAUUAGGAUCUUAUUGGAUUGCCCACUAGACCUUUCCGCUCUUAUGGCCUUCUCCCCUGUUCCUACUACUUUGGAUGCCUUUCCAUUUGAAGAAAGCAACAACACCGAGGCCAAUUGUUUUCUGGGUUCAAAGGUUGGGUCUGAUGAAAAGAGACAGAAAAUUGAGAAGCUCCUUGAUGCUAAAAGCUUAGUUUUUGCAGAACCUUGGUACAAGACUGUUAAUAACUUGCACCUAUGGAAUGCCUCUUUCAUUGAUGUCAUAUUAAUCUCCAGUCCAAUGGGUAUUAUGGGAUUACCCUUUCUUACUCGAACAAAGGGUUUCUCAGCUAAGAUCUAUGUAACUGAAGCAUCGGCAAGAUUAGGCCAGCUAGUGAUGGAGGAUCUUGUAUCAAUGCAUGUCGAAUUUAGGCAGUUUUAUGGACCAGAGGAAUCUGAUAUCCCUCCAUGGCUGAGGCAGGAAGAACUUGAACUACUUCCUUCUGAAUUGAGAGAGAUACUCUUGAGAAAAGAUGGAGUGGAGUUGGGUGGUUGGACACCCCUGUACAGUGCAGCUGAUGUGAAGGAUUGCAUGCUAAAGAUUCACACACUUAAUUAUGCUGAGGAAACUUGCUACAAUGGCACAUUGGUUAUAAAAGCAUUCAGCUCCGGUGUAGAAAUAGGCAGUUGUAAUUGGAUUCUAAAUGGCCCAAAGGGAGAUAUUGCUUAUCUUUCAAGCUCCAGCUUCAUUUCUGCUCAUGCAAUGGCUUUUGAUUACCGCAGUCUACAGGGGACUUGUGCCUUAAUUUAUUCAGAUUUCUCAUUCUUGAAUGAUGAACAAGAUGUUGAGGAUGGGGAUAAUCACUCUGUUCCAACUGAUGAUAAGUUAUUAUCUUCGGAUGGAUUCAACCUUAUCUCUGAUGAGAAUUCAGAAGAAAAGGAAAAAGUGGUUUUCAUAUGCUCAUGUGCUAUAGAGUGUCUCAAAGUUGGUGGUUCAGUUCUUAUUCCUUUUAAUCAACUUGGAACUAUUUUACAGCUUGUGGAGGAAAUUACAACAUCACUCGAAGCUUCAGCUAUGAAGGUUCCAGUUUAUAUAAUUUCUUCAGUGGCUGAAGAAUUACUGUCAUUGCUUAACAUCAUACCAGAAUGGCUUUGCAAACAGCGCCAAGAAAGACUAUUUGCUGGGGAACCAUUGUUUGCACACUUCAAGCUACUAAAAGAGAAAAAGAUUCACGUGGUUCCCACUAUUCAUUCGCAUCAACUCUUAAUGAAUUGGCAGGAACCCUGCAUUGUAUUUUGUCCUCACUGGAGUCUGCGUAUGGGUCCUGUUGUUCAUCUGCUUCGACGUUGGUGUGGUGAUCCAAAAUCUUUACUUAUCCUUCAGGAUGUGUUGAAUCCUGAGCUUGCACUAUUACCUUUCAAGCCAGUUGCAAUGAAGGUGCUUCAAUGUCUGUUUCCCUCUGGAAUUGGGUUGCAUAAAGUUCAACCUUUGCUGAAGACACUGCAGCCGAAGACUGUUCUGUGCCCUGAAGAUUUGAGGAUGCGGAUCAGCUUUUCAAGUGAAAAGCCUUUCUCAGUUUUGUACUAUGCUGAAGGUGAAACUUUAAAAGUAGCAUACCGAAAAGACAGUUCAGAGUUGAAAAUUGCAACUGAUUUGGCUUCCCAGUUUUAUUGGAUAACGUUUAAAAAGGAAGAAAUCAAUAUUGCGAGAUUAAAAGGGGACCUGUUAAUGGAAAAUGCUAGACAUCACUUGCUCUUGGAUAAUGAGAAAAAAAAUUCCUUGAGAAAUAGGCCUUUGAUACAUUGGGGUUUACCUGAUUCGGAAAAGCUUCUGGGGGCAUUAUCAAAGGUGGGUAUUAAUGCAUCUAUGGAACAUAGUAUGAGUGAUGCUGAAUCACAAACUGUAUGUAAAGUUCACACACAAGACCCUUACAAAGCCUUGAUAGAGAUUGGAACCACGGGUACCAUUAUUACUACCGCUGAUGAUAACGUGGCUUCCCUCAUUUAUAAAGCUGUGAGUAGCAUUUUGGAUGGGGUUUUGACAUAAUGCAUUUUCUUUUAUUGAUGUUUGUAAAAUCCUUGUAUCAGCUUAUUCAUAGAUAUCUGUAUUCAUUAAUGCUGAUGAGAACGUGACUUACCUUAUUUAUGAAGAUGUGGACCGCAUUUUG